AUGGUAAUUAAUUACCUACAAUAUGAUUGUCAAGAAUAUCUAGGUCAAGCUCAGGUUUUGAUUUGUUCCAAUUGCUGUGGCAUUGGGCAUUUUAAAAAACAGUGCAAACAAAUUGAAACAACUUGUAAAGUAUGUGGAGAAAAAUUCUCGGACAUAAAACAGCAUCAUUGCUCUGCUAUUAAUAAAUGUAUUCAUUGUGGAGGAGAGCACCGGUCUAAUGAUCCAAGAUGUAAAAUAGUAAAAGAAUAUCGUUCAGAUUUAACGAAAAAAUUAUUACAACAUAGUGAAAAUGUACAUAAUGGUCGGUUUUCACUAUCUGCUUCUCAAUUCCCAAGUUUAGGUGCUGCUCAACGGCCAGUAGUACCGUGUGGUGAUAGCAGUAAGGGUUACGGAAUGAUGUCAAAGACAACUGAUAAUACGAGAAUGGAUACUAAGUUAGAUGAAAUUAAUAAUCGUCUAGUCAUGAUUAUGAGUACAUGUUUUACAAUGAUGAUGAGAAACGUUGAAUUAGAGAAGUAUAUGAAAGAAAAAGAAGUGAAGCAAGAACAAUUGAUACGAGAUGUUGCCAGUGUACAAAUGGAUGUUAAAGUACAUUCAAUGGAACUAAAGCAUCGUGUCGUACCUGUGUUACUAGAUAUAUGUAAAUUUAUUAAAACAUUAAAUAGUGAUCGAACUUUGGACGCCGAGUUCAUGACGUCAGUUGAUAAAGGUAUUGUUAUUUUAUCUAAAUAUUGUAAAAAUGAAAGUUUGUUUUCUCCUGAUUCGGUUUAA